AUGCACCUCCUCUAUCUCCUUGCUGCCGUGGCCUGUGUACCUGGAGUGCACUCAUCUCCGGCGAUGAAGCUCAGUGGCAUCCUCGCCCGAGCGAACAGUGACCGCGGCAAUGAAACCGUUGCCGGCCUCGGAUCCCGCAAGGAAGAGGUGGUUAAUGCGGGUGGUAACACCCGGGACCUGGCCAUUGCUAUGCUCGAAACGACAACGAUGACAACUGAUUACACCUACGGAGACGGCAAGACCGGCGACGGCACCAACUUUGGCAUCUUCAAGCAGAAUUGGUACAUGCUGCGCAACUCCGCGUCUGAAUUCCUCGGCCAGACCGUUGACCAGGUUGACAAAGGUGCAAUCCUCAACUCCAAUCUCGGCAAGGAUAUCCAGGCCCGUCACGAUGGCGAGGAAUACUUUGGGUACGAUACCUGGUUCAGCGGCCACCGCAACGGCGAGUCCGGAGUCAACAAUCCGGGCACAGAUGAUAUCAACGCAUACAUCGACGCCGUCGCGUGGAUUCAGGAGCAGAUUGAAAGUGACGAAAAGUACCUGUCUGACGACACUCGGUUCUGGGUCGAUGUUCAAGCUAUCUAG